CGCUUCCCAUUGACCGGGCAUCCCUUCCGGUAGAUGAGGUCAACUUUUCCCUAGAUCCGCCAUUUCAGCCUUGGAGUUUCUUGUUGCACGAUAGUUAUGAUUUUUUUAGUUAUUUUAAACAACAAAAAGUAGGUAAUUUGGAUUUGUGGUGCAGCAUUCGUUCCGCCGAAAUAAACCCCUUGAUAUUACGCUUAGACGUUACGAAAAUCGUGCCGUUGUGACGUUUUUCCAGCGGGAGUGUUAGUCAACCAAAGUUUUUGUAUGAGUUGCGGAUAGGGAGAGGCGAAGGGGAAAGGCCUCAAGCCUUGGACGGGAUUUCACAGCCAUGGCCGGUAAUUUUGAUGCCGAAGACCGUGCAAGCUGGUAUUGGGGGAGACUGAGCCGCCAGGAGGCGGUUUCUCUUUUACAGGGACAGAGACAUGGUGUUUUCCUCGUGAGGGACUCGAUAACCAUCCCCGGAGACUACGUGCUCUCCGUGUCGGAGAACUCCAGAGUGUCCCAUUAUAUCAUCAACAGUAUCAGCAACAACCGACAAUCUGGAUCAGGAUUGGCUCCUUCUCGGUUUCGGAUUGGGGAUCAGGAGUUUGAUGGGCUGUCGGCUCUGCUGGAAUUCUACAAGAUCCACUACCUGGACACCACAACGCUCAUAGAGCCUGUGAACAGAGCCAGGCAGUCAGGCCUCAUCAGCCCCCCCGCUGUCGGACCUCCCCAGCAGACCGAGGAAGCCGAAUAUGUCCGAGCACUGUUUGACUUCCCUGGCAACGACUAUGAGGACCUCCCCUUCCGCAGGGGGGACGUCUUGCGCGUGCUGGAGAAACCAGAGGAGCAGUGGUGGCACGCCAAGAACCAGGAGGGCCGAGUUGGGAUGAUCCCCGUGCCUUAUGUGGAAAGGUACCGACCCUCUUCGCCCACUGCAGCCAGUCUUAGUCCGGUCCCCGCAACAGGGACCGGACAAGGCGGGCAUGUUGGCGGGGUAGCGGGCAGCACAGAUGGAACAGGUUCUCCUCAGGCCACCGCUCUGGGGGAACCGGGCCCGUAUGCUCAGCCUGUGGUCAACACUCAGCUCCCAAACCUACAGAACGGGCCGGUCUAUGCACGGGCAAUUCAGAAGCGGGUGCCCAACGCCUACGACAAGACGGCGCUGGCUCUGGAGGUGGGGGACACCGUAAAAGUGACCAAGAUCAACGUGAACGGCCAAUGGGAGGGUGAAUGCAAAGGCAAACGAGGCCACUUUCCUUUCACCCACGUUCGGUUGUUGGAACAGUACUAUCCAGAUGACGAGAGCUGAGAAGCGCAGGCGCUCCCGUCACCUCCAGCACAUCCCCUCGCUUUCAGUUUCGUCAUGCUGGAAUAGAAGAAGAUUUCUGCAAGCACACAGUAUAUGAAACUCUGAGCUAAACUGGUCAGUGUUUCCUACCCACCCCGACAUAUGAUGUGUUGGCUGAUCUUGCCUAAUGUCUUUUUGAUGAACCCCAGUCAUAUAAAGAGUUUACCCUGUGGUCGGACUGAUAUCGGUUUGCCUGCAUUGUCAAACAUCACUGCUGGCUUGCCCUUCAUCUGCAGACACACUGAAGUACAUGGCAGCAUGUAUUGAUUCACCCAGGAUGACACUGGAAGGUCCGUUAAUGGUUUGAUGAGAAAGGCGUGUAUUUAACCCUUUUGAGGUGACCAAGAAACAAACAAGUCAAGAACUUGCUAAACUUUUUUGUAUAAUCAUAGUUUAAAAGAUAUGAGAACAAUAGGAUUUUGCUUUAGCGUGCUUACACACCUAAAGUUUUCACUCUGGUUGGAGGAAACAUGGGGUUUUUAUCUCGACCAAAACCUGCAGUCGUACUCGGGUGCAGGUUUUCCAGUUUAAAGUAACUAAUAUUUAAUUUUUAAACAAAUCCAAAAGUUAAACCACUGUUUAAAUACAUGUGAUCAGAUAAACUGUCACAGUAAUGUCCUGAUCAAUCUUUGUUGAUAUAAUAUCAGGCCCAGCCAAUAACCUUAACACAUUUCUUUAUUAGACUAGCUAAUGAUGACGUCUGCCUAUAACCACAGCUGUUACUGUCAAGUCCACAUCUUUUUAACACCGAGCCCCCAAAGUCCACUAAUGUGAGGUUUUUGUCUUUUUGAGCAGUUAUUAAGAUGUUUGUUCUGGAUUAAAAGUUAUCCAGACUCGUGUGUUGUUUGCACAUGAUCAAAACUUGCUUGAGCAAGGACGUAUCUUCACUCUGGUGGACUUUUGCUCUGUGUACUUGGAGUAGAUUUGUGUAAACUGGAAAUGUCAGAGCCAAAAUGCAGGUAUCAACCCCCCCGCCACCGCCGCCGCCGUUCAGAGGGCGUUGAUGCUACACGAGUGUAUUGAUUCUGAGCAUGUUGAUCAAAAACAGCUAAACCUGUUAAUACCUCCCAUUUAACAGAGGUAUUACAUAGAAAUUGUAUUAAAGACGGCACAGGUGACCGAUAUCAGUCUAACCCUGGUUUACAUGCUUCCAUCCCAGUAUUGAACUCAUCACAUUACACUGCAGAGUCAUCCUCCUCCUCCUCUUUCCCGUUCUAUCCGUGCAUCUCCAGCCACUACCUUUCACUGACACCUGCAGGAGGGAAAUGGAGAUAAAACGGGAGAUAAAACACUGCGGCUCUCACAGAUUUGUGUGUCUGUGAGAGAUUUUUUUGUUUGCUUGUGCUAGACUGUGAACCUCGGAGUGAAACCAACAAAGACUUUACCUGAUGACUGUCUUGUGGAGAAGACGGCGUCACCACUUUACCACACCCUACACUACAAACCAAGUCCUCUUUUUUUUGUGUUGUUGUUGUUGUUGUACAAAAAGUGGAAAAUAAUAUUAUAGAAUUAACUAUAUACAUGCACACCUUACAUGCUAAAUACUGUAAUUUCCCCUCUUUAUGCUGAUUUUCUCUUACUUUUUAUGGCCAGAGAGUGUACACCUUUUUUAUUUUUCUCUUUUAAGACGCAGAAAUGCGAAAGAACAAAACGAGCACCCUGUCACAGAGGAAGGAACAAUCCCGUGAGGCUGCUUUAUUAAAGGAUGCAAGGAGAAAGGUUGAGGGAUUUUAUUUUUGUCCUCCUGGUGGGCUGAUACGACAGUCAUUCGGAGACGCUUUUAAGAUAAAAUCCACCACUUUAAAAAAAAAAGGUAUUACUGCUAAAGUGGACAUGUUUUUUCAUGUCGUUUCUCGUGCCAUAAGGGUGCCAUGGAUGGCAUUUGCUGUAACUUUGUUUGUCAUGUUGAGCACACAAAGCUUUUAUGAACAUUCACAGUCCUGCUGGCACCGUGACAUUAUAAAUAGAAACCUGAAACUCAUCUGUUACUCAAGGACACGUUUGUUCUCAGAAACGAGGAGAGGAAUCAGCAACUUGGGAUUAUUUUUUUUAUUUUUUUUUAUUUUGUCGUUAGUACAGACUUGACAAUGGUUGUGAAAUGUGGUGAGUGGCAUUGAGACUGAUAAAACACUGUGUGUGUGUGUGAGGGAGGGGAAAAAGUCUUAAAUUGGGGGUGUGAUUGGGUGCUCCCUGUAUUUUUACCAGGUCAGAAACUCAUUUAUCAUCUUUGUCAGGAUGCAUUCAAAGAUUGAAUUGCUGGCAGUGCUUAACUGAAACAGGAACCCCUGCUGCACAUAGAUUUUUUUGUUUUGUUUUGUUUUUUUCAGUCACGAGGGAGGGUCCGCAUCCUCUGCGGACCUGCCUUAUAUUUGUUCUUGGAAAAGAUGAGAAGUUAAAUUGGGAAGUGACUGGCUUGAAGUUGAACUCUCGAGGACACACCCAGAAUUGCAUGUUAUAUUUCUGGUUCUCCAGAAUUAAGAAUUUCAGACCUGCCCUGGAGCGAAAUCGAUAAAUGAUGCCUACGUGUCCCUCCUGUGGUUAUUAGGGGACUGAGGAUGAGAAGAUGUUCAACUCACACCUUGCAACCCAAAACCACAUGUUGGUGUUUUGUUUCAUAGUACAGAUCUGCGGUUCUCAAACUGUGUGGGAGGGGAAAAAAGUUCACAUCCCACAGUUUCAAUUUGUCAGUAAUGUGGAAGAUUUGUCCAAAAAUGAAUUUUUAUCUCAAUGGAGAUGGUCCAAUGCCACUAACAGACUCUCUAAAAUGCACACACAAGUAUUUUUCACCUUGUUGCCCACACCUGUGCAGUUUGAGAACCACUUAUGUCGACCCCAGUGUUAGCGACGCCUGCCUUCUCUCAGGUAUUAUGGAACUAAACUCGCCACGUCCCGUCUAAAAGCAUCUAAAAACAGACACGUGCAGAUGUUCCAGUGUAAGGGUAGAGUGCUCGGUGCGGAUACAGUAACUGUUACACUUUGACCUGUGAAUGAGCCUCUUCCUACAUAACUGCAUUCCCCCAGGAGGUAACUGCCCCCUACUGUCCAAAUGUGUACAGUAGGGGGGGGGCAAAAGAAAUGCUUAAAAAAGAAAGAAACACUAACCUUAAAUUAGGAGAAAUAAGGGGACAGAUCAGUCGAGUAAUUGGAGGAAAACAGAGAACAUUUGUCUCCUUUUUUUUUUCUUUACCCUUUCACUCUUUUUUUGUGUGUAAAAUACCAGUAACUGCAUGACAGCAGUAACUGUAAGCUAAUUACUUGCAUACCUAUCUUAAAGGUUGUAACUGUGUCAGAUUUUUAAUAUUUUUUUUUCAUUAGUUUAGUAGCUAGUAGCCAGAGAGGGUUUGUUUAUUUCACUUUAGUUUUGAAAGCAUUUAGUUAGUUUGGUUUUUCUUGGUUUCACUGGUAGUUUUAGUCAUUAGUCUUUAACUGGCUGUCUUAAUCUUUAAUUUAUUAUUAUACAGGGGUGCGGUUAAUGUUGACAAAUAUGACCAAAUAUAGCAAAAAUGAAAUCGUCUCUAUUUAUGUUAGUUAUUGUUUGCUUUAUUUUUUUUCUUAUUUUAUUUCACCCAUUUUUUUUUUUUUUUUUUUUUUAAUAAGAAACCAAAAAAGAAAAAAAAACUUUCACCACUUCCUUCUGCACAGGUGGGUGUGGUUGGGCAGAAAGGAAAAAGUAGUGUCCUACAUGAAGCUUCUCACAACAAAGUAGUUGGGGAUUUAUUUGUUUUCUUUUCUUUUCUGUGUGUGUGUUUAACAAAUGAUUAUGAUUCUUGGAAGGAGACAUCGCUGAUGUGCUUCUCAUACGAAUUUCUGUGCGCUUUGAGCUUCACAUGGCGAGUCCAAUUUAGUUUAUGUUCAAGAGAAGGCAGACGUCUCCAAAACACGAUGCUGAUAAACGGCCAACUGCAAGAAGGUGAAUCAGAACUUUAAAAAUACCUGUAAUAAAUCUAUAAUAAUGAUGCAAUCAGAGGUCCUUAAAGUGCUUUAAAGGAUCACAGCUGUGUGUUGGUGGGGAGGUUGGACACAAUUUCCAAACACAUUUAAGAGUGCAGAAGCUGUGUUGAGUUUACAUUGUGUGUAAUUUUCCUUCAUAUUUCUUUUGUUGAGACUCAGAUUUAUGGAAAAUAUUUUUGUACACCUGCAUUAAUGUCAUGUUUUAUAACCGUAUACAGUAUGUACAGCCCCGUUUGUGCUGCAUUAAUAAAUCCAUGCAAUAUUUCCACGUCCCAAA